UGAUGUUUGUUCUUUAGAACUGCACCCUGAAGUUUGAGGAAGUGACUCGUCCUCAGAGCAAAUGCUCACAGACACCAGGACUGACGAGGGAGAAUGAGCAGCUUCUUCUUUCCAGAUGUUUCCUCGACACAUGAAGGUGGAAAGUGUCUGUAAGUCGACCUGAAGUGAGUUCAGCAGGUGGGGGCUCUGCCAUGGAUCAGUGUGAGGACAGAGAGGAGGGAGCCCCUCCCUCUAAAACCUCUCUGUGUGGGGAACAUGAGAGAAAGACCAGAGCUCAGAGUGUCAGGAAGCAGCAGCAGAGACCAGACUCUCCUGAACCCAGCUGUGUGUCCAUGAAGAGUGACGGGUCAAUGUUUCGUCCUAUUCUAUUUAAAGGUGAACAACCUGCUGAUGGAAGUGUCAGGAAGCAGCAGCAGAGACCAGACUCUCCUGAACCCAGCUGUGUGUCCAUGAAGAGUGAGGGGUCAAUGUUUCGUCCUAUUCUAUUUAAAGGUGAACAACCUGCUGAUGGAAGAGUUGAGCAGCAGAGCUCAGAGGUCCACAGUGAUCAGUCUGCCCAGCAGCAUCAACCAGACCUGGACUCCAUCUUUAUGCUGCUGGAGGAGAACAUGGUCACGUUUGUGAAGAACGAGCUGAAGAGAGUCCAGAGGCUCCUGAGACCAGAUUACCCAGAAUGCUCAGAGAGUCAGAGGGAGGAGGAGGAGGUGUUGGGUGGUGAGGAUGAAGAGCAGAGGAGGAGCAGCAGAGAGGCGUUUCUGAAGAUCACAGUGAACUUCCUGAGGAGAAUGAAGCAGGAGGAGCUGGCUGACUGUCUGCAGAGCAAGAGUCAUUAUGCAGUUUGUCGACAACAACUCAAAUCUAACCUGAAGAAGAAGUUCCAGUGUGUGUUUGAGGGGAUCUCUAAAGCAGGAAACCCAACCCUUCUGAACCAGAUCUACACAGAGCUCUACAUCACAGAGGGAGGGACUGGAGAGGUCAAUGAUGAACAUGAGGUCAGACAGUUUGAAACAGCUUCCAGGAAACCAGUCAGACCAGAAACAACCAUCAGACAAGAAGACAUCUUUAAAGCCUCACCUGGAAGAGACGGACCAAUCAGAAGAGUGAUGACAAAGGGAGUGGCUGGCAUUGGGAAAACAGUCUUAACACAGAAGUUCACUCUGGACUGGGCUGAAGACAAAGACAACCAGGACAUACAGUUCACAUUUCCAUUCACCUUCAGAGAGCUGAAUGUGCUGAAAGAGAGAAAGUUCAGCUUGGUGGAACUUGUUCAUCACUUCUUUACUGAAACCAAAGAAGCAGGAAUCUGCAGGUUUGAUCGGUUCCAGGUCGUGUUCAUCUUUGACGGUCUGGAUGAGUGUCGACUUCCUCUGGACUUCCACAACACUGAGAUCCUGACUGAUGUUACAGAGUCCACCUCAGUGGACGUGCUGCUGACAAACCUCAUCAGGGGGAAACUGCUUCCCUCUGCUCGCCUCUGGAUAACCACACGACCUGCAGCAGCCAAUCAGAUCCCUCCUGAGUGUGUUGACAUGGUGACAGAGGUCAGAGGGUUCACUGACCCACAGAAGGAGGAGUACUUCAGGAAGAGGUUCAGAGAUGAGGAGGAGGCCAGCAGGAUCAUCUCCCACAUCAAGACAUCACGAAGCCUCCACAUCAUGUGCCACAUCCCAGUCUUCUGCUGGAUCACUGCUACAGUUCUGGAGGAGGUGUUGAAAACCAGAAGGAGAGGAGAGCUGCCCAAGACCCUGACUGAGAUGUACAUCCACUUCCUGGUGGUUCAGUCCAAACUGAAGAAGGUCAAGUAUGAUGGAGGAUCUGAGACAGAUCCACACUGGAGUCCAGAGAGCAGGAAGAUGAUUGAGUCUCUGGGAAAACUGGCUUUUGAGCAGCUGCAGAAAGGAAACCUGAUCUUCUAUGAAUCAGACCUGACAGAGUGUGGCAUCGAUAUCAGAGCAGCCUCAGUGUACUCAGGAGUGUUCACACAGAUCUUUAAAGAGGAGAGAGGCCUGUACCAGGACAAGGUGUUCUGCUUCGUCCAUCUGAGUGUUCAGGAGUUUCUGGCUGCUCUUUAUGUCCAUCUGACCUUCAUCAACUCUGGAGUCAAUCUGCUGUCAGAUAAACAAUCAACCUAUCGAUUACCUAAACUUUUCAGGGACAAGCCUGACCCAACAGUCUUCUACCAGAGAGCUGUGGACGAGGCCUUACAGAGUCCAAAUGGACACCUGGACUUGUUCCUCCGCUUCCUCCUGGGUCUUUCACUGCAGACCAAUCAAACUCUCCUACGAGGUCUGAUGUCAAAGACAGGAAGUAGCUCAGAGACCAAAACAGUUCAGUACAUCAAGGAGAAGAUUGAAGAGACUCCCUCUGCAGAGAAAAGCAUCAACCUGUUCCACUGUUUGAAUGAACUGAAUGAUCGUUCUCUAGUGGAGCAGAUCCAACAGUCCCUGAGAUCAGGACGUCUCUCCACAGAUAAACUGUCUCCUGCUCAAUGGUCAGCUCUGGUCUUCAUCUUACUGUCCUCAGAAGAAGAUCUGGACGUGUUUGACCUGAAGAAAUACUCUGCUUCAGAGGAGGCUCUUCUGAAGCUGCUGCCAGUGGUCAAAGCGUCCAACAAAGCUGUACUCAGUGGCUGUAAACUCUCAGAGAGAAGUUGUGAAGCUCUGUCCUCAGUCCUCAGCUCCCAGUCCUCUAGUCUGAGAGACCUGGACCUGAGUAACAACGACCUGCAGGAUUCAGGAGUUAAUCUGCUUUCUGCUGGACUGAAGAAACCACACUGUAAACUGGAAGGUUUCAGACUCAGUGUCUGUAAACUGUCAGAGAGAAGUUGUGAAGCUCUGUCCUCAGUCCUCAGCUCCCAGUCCUCUAGUCUGAGAGACCUGGACCUGAGUAACAACAACCUACAGGAUUCAGGAGUGAAGCUGCUGUCUGCUGGACUGGAAAGUCCACACUGUAAACUGGAAGGUCUCAGUCUGUCAGGAUGUCUGGUCACAGAGGAAGGCUGUUCUUCUCUGGCCUCAGCUCUGAGCUCCAACCCCUCCCAUCUGAGAGAGCUGGACCUGAGCUACAAUCAUCCAGGAGCGUCAGGAGUGAAGCUGCUGUCUGCUGGACUGGAGGAUCCAGACUGGAGACUGGACACUCUCAGGGUGGACCAUUGUGGACCACAGAGACUGAGACCUGGUCUGAGGAAGUAUUCCUGUGAACUGGAACUGGAUGAAAACACAGUGAACAGAAAACUCAGACUGUCUGACGACAACAGGACGGUGACAUAUGUGACAGAGGGUCAGUCAUAUCCUGAUCAUCCAGACAGAUUUGACUACUGGCCUCAGCUGCUGUGUAGAACUGGUCUGACUGGUCGCUGCUACUGGGAGGUCAAGUGGAGAGGAGUGGUUUCUAUAUCAGUGAGUUACAGAGGAAUCACAAGGAAAGGAAACAGUGAUGACUGUUGGUUUGGAGGAAAUGAUCAGUCCUGGAGUCUGACCUGCUCUGAUGAUGAUGGUUACUCUGUCUAUCACGAUAACAGAAACACAUCCAUCUCCUCCUCCUCUGUCUCUCACAGAGUAGCAGUGUAUGUGGACUGUCCUUCUGGCUCUCUGUCCUUCUACAGAGUCUCUGACUCACUGAUCCACCUCCACACCUUCAACACCACCUUCACUGAACCUCUGUAUCCUGGGUUCUGGAUCUCUACUUGUUCCUCAGUGUCUCUGUGUCUGUAGGUCUGAGAGUCUCUCCUGUGGACAGAAACUCUGCUGACUGCAGGUCAGCUGCUGAAAUCAAAGUGGACUCUGUUCACCAUCACACACACUCUGCACUGUGAAGCAGAUCUGUCUCAGACUCAGACACUGACCAUUGAUUAGUCUGAUUUCAUCACUUUGAUGAUCAACAUUUUAACACUUUGGUAAAAUGAUUUUAUUCUGUCUGAUGUUUAUUUUUGUCUCUGUUCACUCUGCUGUUGUUACUGUCAGGAUCAAUGAGCAGCAUCCAGCUCUGUUCACAUGUACAACUGUGUAAAUGGACUUCACUGCUAACACAAUGAAUACACAGGAAACACUUUAUGUUUUUAAUGGAUUGAUUAUUAAAAGCAAAAGACUUUUAUUUUGUAGCUGUGAUGUUUGUAUAAGCAGCAGAGCCUUGAUCUAAAUGAAGGUGCAGUUUCAUGUUUGACCACCAGGUGGCAGCAUUUCCCCUGAAACUCAGUUUACACUGAACCAUCAGCUGUGAUAUAACAACAGUACAGCUACUUCCUUUACUCCUGCUGUCUCUGCAGCUGCCAGUACAAUCACUACAUGACACCAGUGUGAACUAUUAAACUCUGUAUGUCACAGUUUUAUUCCUUUGUAAUGUAAACCAAUCAAAAUGCAGGGCACUAAUUCAACACUGAUUCAACAGGGAGGACUUUGUUUUGUAUUUUGUUAUCUCUGUUAUAGACAGUGGCAAAGGAAAUAUUAAUGACAGAAUUGUGAAUCUGGGGAGUUUUACUGGUUUUACAUAAUCCUGUAUGUUGGUUACACUGAAUGAGAGUACUUACCCUGUACAGAAGAGUUAACUCUUUUAAUAAACAAACAAAAAAAAACCCCACCAAUACACACCUUUCAUCUCCAUUUGCCAAUGAAAAUAAAUAUCUUAAAGAUC